AUGGCGUACAAGGUCUUCAACAAUCGGCGCACCAUCGGCGGCCUCACCAAGACGGACAUCAUGGAGGUGGCCCUGGAGGCGGUGGCCAAGCACCAGCAGGAGCAGGCACAAGCUCAAGCACAAGCACAAGCUCAGGCUCAAGCGCAGGCUCAGGCGCAGGCCCAAGCACAAGCUCAGCAGCAGCAGCAGCAGCAACAACAACAGUCGACGACGACCUCCUCUUCAGGCGCAAACAACAACAACAACAACAACUCGUCCUCGACGAGCGCAUCCACGGUCACGCAGGCCACCAACACAGGGUCCGAUUCAGUGUCGCAGGCGUCAGGAGGAGGUGGAGGGGGAGGAGGCAAUGGCAACAAGGAUGCCAAGGCCAACUCUGCGAGCAGCUCUGCCGGCUCAACCUCCUCGCCGACGUCGAGCACGACGCUGAACACUGCCGCCAGUGCCUCCACGCAGUCCACGCAGUUGGCCAAUGGAACUUCUGCUUCUGCUGCUGGCAGCGGCAACAAUGCUAAUGGCACUGCCAACAGCUCCGCCAAAUCGAGUCUGAUCUCAACGCCCAAUCAGCAGCAGCACAACCACGGUCACAACCACGCCACCAAUGGCAGCAGUGGUGGUGGUGGCAGCGGAACCAGUGCCAAUGCAUCGGCAGCCUCGGCGCAGGCCCAAGCACAAGCUCAGCAGCAGCAGCAGCAGCAACAACAACAGUCGACGACGACCUCCUCUUCAGGCGCAAACAACAACAACAACAACAACUCGUCCUCGACGAGCGCAUCCACGGUCACGCAGGCCACCAACACAGGGUCCGAUUCAGUGUCGCAGGCGUCAGGAGGAGGUGGAGGGGGAGGAGGCAAUGGCAACAAGGAUGCCAAGGCCAACUCUGCGAGCAGCUCUGCCGGCUCAACCUCCUCGCCGACGUCGAGCACGACGCUGAACACUGCCGCCAGUGCCUCCACGCAGUCCACGCAGUUGGCCAAUGGAACUUCUGCUUCUGCUGCUGGCAGCGGCAACAAUGCUAAUGGCACUGCCAACAGCUCCGCCAAAUCGAGUCUGAUCUCAACGCCCAAUCAGCAGCAGCACAACCACGGUCACAACCACGCCACCAAUGGCAGCAGUGGUGGUGGUGGCAGCGGAACCAGUGCCAAUGCAUCGGCAGCCUCGGUGCAGCAGAUGCACUCAAAGAGCUCCAUUGACUCGCAGCACUCAUUGCUCGAUCAGCACGCUUACGGCUUCAACGGAAGUGGUAGUGUCACUAAUGGCCACAACAACAACAACAACGGCUCUGCCAUGGACAGCUCCUUCUCCGGCUCAAUGUCCUCGGCAAU